GUGAAAACAACCUUAGGUGUUGAUGCUUGUGAUGAGGAUUUCCCUCUUGAAAGGAAGAACACAGAUCCGUGUUAAAAUCCGCACUAGGUUUUGAUCAUAUUAGUCAAAAUUCGCGUCAAAAUAAAGUGUGUAGUGUAAUAUACUUAUUUCUUUGCUAUUUUCAUGUUAGAAUGCAUCGUCCAUAUGGAAGGAUACAACAACCCGCAUUCGGUGUUUAAGACGCUUUUAUUUUUCGCUGUUAACACCUCUUUUUAGCUCAACAGUCGCUCAACGAAAAAUAUAAAACGCUCAACAGUCGGAAGAAAUCCUGUCACUAAAAGGACAGUUCUUAGUUUUGAAGAUGGCGAGCUCUGAUGGAAAAAACAUAAUGUCGACAGCGAAGAAGACUGCUGGGAACAUUCGUGAAUUUGCCUCCCGUCUGACAAGAAAAAAAUUUGUGGACACGGAUGUCAUGGAAACAAAUUUACGCCGUUGCCUCAACACAGCUGAUAUCACUUUAUUAGCUAUAGGUCACAUGAUCGGUUCUGGAGUUUACGUACUCACAGCAACUGUUGCCAAGAACUUGGCUGGGCCAGCUAUUGUGGUGGCAUUCCUGUUCAGUGGAUUCGCUUCUUUCCUUGCUGCUCUCUGUUAUGCAGAACUUGGCGUCAGAUACCCGAGAUCGGGAUCAGCAUAUUCCUACACAUAUUUGGCUUUAGGAGAAUUAUGGGCUUUCCUUGUAGGAUGGAAUGUGGCCUUGGAACAUGUUAUUGGAGCUGCGGCCAUCUCCAGAGCAUGUAGCGCUUACAUAGAUUCCUUGGCAGGUGGCGUUAUUAAAAACAGUACAAUGACGCUCUUCGGACCAAUACACGUACCAUUCGUGUCCGAGCAUUUGGACUUUCUUGCUUUUGGUAUCCUACUUCUGUUUGUAAUUUUCUUGUCCUUCGGAGUUAGGAUGACAUCCCAUUUGAAUAAUGUGUUUUCAGCAGCUAACAUGAUUGUCAUCUUGACUAUUAUAUGCGUGGGAGCAUAUUUUUCUGACACCAAGAACUGGACGAAUCCGCAGACAGGUGGCUUUAUGCCAUACGGUUGGUCCGGUGUACUAGCCGCAUCUGCAUCUUGUUUCUAUGCGUAUGUGGGUUUCGAUUCCAUUGCGUCUUCCGGCGAAGAAGUUAAAGAUCCACAGAAGUCCAUACCUAGAGCAACAAUGAUUUCCAUGGGCAUUGCUACAGCCACUUACGUCGGAGUAUCCACUGUUCUUACGCUUAUGGUCAAUUACAAAGACAUCGCAGAUGAUUCUGGAUUACCAGAAGCAUUGGAUUCACAUGGUGCGCAUUGGGCAAAGAUAGUAGUCAUCGUAGGAGCCGUCAGCGGAAUGGCAACUGGCAUAAUAGGAAGCCUUUUUGCCCUGACACGAGUCAUAUAUGUUAUGGCUGAUGAUGGUCUUCUUUUUGCCUUCUGCUCAAACGUAAAUCUGAAAACGAAGAUUCCUUUAGGAGCAAUGUAUAUUUUCUCUUUUCUGUCAGCCAUUAUGACUUUAACACUUGAUAUCAAUACCCUGGUUGAGGUGAUGUCCAUAGGCACACUUUUUGCUUACCUUGUUGUCAGUGCAUCCGUAAUUAUCUUAAGAUACAGACCAUAUACAAGUGUCACGAUGGGCAGCCAAGAAUUGUCUUCCAUUGGAGAUAACAGUGCCGACAAAUCACCAGUAGAAGAUAGUGCUGGCCAGUUUCAAGACCGUUUCCAAGUACUCCAAGCAUAUGUAAAUCUACAACCAGGAAAACUAGUAACAUACUGUGUUGUUUCUUUCGUGCUGUUUACGUUUCUGCUGUGUGGUUUUAUAAAAGGGUGUUAUUCAGCCAUUGAAGAAGGAUAUUGGUGGACAAUGUUCAUACUGAUCAUUUUGUCUCUUGGAGUUACAGUGACCUUCAUCUUCAUUUUGAUCCAUCAACAAUCAACAUGUCCUCUUCGUUAUAAGGUUCCUCUCGUGCCCUUGAUACCAGCGUUAAGUAUUGUGGUAAAUGCUGUUCUGAUAGUGAAUCUGCAAGCAGCUACAUGGCUUCGAUUACUCAUCUGGGUUGCCAUUGGUCUUUCCAUGUACCUGUUCUACGGAGUAGGCCACAGUAAACUUGAUGCUACAUCAUCUAAAUCGACGCUUCUGAAACCAGGAUCUCCACCUCCGGCCACUUGGGGCUCUUUGGAACGUGAAUCCUCUUUCGACCUCAGCGGCAAGACUGGUCCAACAGAAAAACCCAAGAGUAAAGUGGCAGCUUCAUUGUCCCAAGAAUUUCUCGUUGAUCAUCAAAAUACAUCUCCAUGAAAAUGAAUAUUUAUUGAUGAUAUUAUAUUUUGCAAAUCGUGAGAGACAGCUAACUGGGAAUGAAAUUUUCGUAAUUUUAGGAUUAUUCAGACAGUUGUAAAAUAUUAUUCUAAUAACGCUUCUGAAAAAAAAAAAAAAAAAAAAAAAA